UUUACCCAUCAUCGCAGGUAGAAUACGUCAUAAAGGGAACGUGUAACAUUCAAGAACGCACCCAAUUUAGCUACAGUUACAGUGUCAUUAUUUGAGUUUUCCCUCUUGACAACCUCUCUUCUGCUCUUAGUGUUGUAGCACUUUGUGUUAACCUACAAUGUCUCACACGGGUAAGAAAAUCGUCAUCCCGCCCGAGUUGCCGGAGCUCUUGAAGCAGUUCACUAAGGAUGCCAUCCGCACUCAGCCCGGAGAUCUCAUCGAGUGGUCCACAUUGUAUUUCACAGCGCUUAUCCAAGGACAACCACUGCCUGUGAAGGAUAACCUGGAGAAGGCCCCUCCCCCUGUCUCCGUGGACCUCACUCCACAGACUCUCGCAGCUAUCCAUUCCCAGCUGGGAAAGAAUAGCAAAGUCACAAAGGGGCAGAUUGUAGAGGUGUGGAAGUCCUUCGGUUUGUCUCAGGACCUGCUCAAGCACAUCUUCACUGUCGGGUCAUUUGGUAAUGAGGUUGAAUGGAUUAAAUUCUUUGCUCUUGGCUGCAGCUAUCUUGGAGGGACCAUCAAGAAUGCCAUGACACACGCCUGCUACAUCCUCAACUCCGACAGUAGCUGUACUCCUCCAGACGCCUGCAUCCCCUUCGACACCUUCCGCUACCUCUACACCUACCUGGCAGCGGUGGACGGGGAGGUGGCUCAGACACAGCUGGAACGGGCCCUUUCCCAGUUAGAGUCCCUGUCGAAAGACAACAAAGAUGUGGUCAAGGUGUCUGACUUCAUCAACACCCGUAAAAUCCGUCUAGGAUGAGAUCACCAGGAGUAGAGGACCCCCACCCCCACCCCUUUCCCUCCUUCUCUUUGAGGGCCUGUCAGAAAAUAAAUUAACAUAUGCCCAAACCAUCGUGGUCCAACAACUGAUAGAUGAUGACAUUUGCAAUGUAAUCAUUUAAUUGGAAUGUAUCCAUAGCCUAUGAGUAGCCUAUUUUAAAUCACAUUUG